AUGAUAUCGAUCAUUCGCAUCCUGUAUUCUGAAUCAUCGCGCAAUGUCCUGCCCAAGCUGCUGAUCGACGGCGACUUCGUCGACGCGGCUUCCGGCAAGACCUUCCCCGUGCUGGACCCCCGCACGGAAGAUGUGAUCGCCCAGGUGGCCGAGGCCGACGCCGCCGACGUGGACAGGGCCGUGGGUGCCGCGCGGCGGGCCUUCGACAGCGGGCCCUGGAGGAAGAUGUCGGGCCGCCAGCGCGGGAGGGUGCUGUCGAGGCUGGCCGACCUGCUGGAGGAGCGCGCCGAGGAGUUCGCGAGGAUCGAGACGCUGGACAACGGCAAGCCGCUGGCGAUGUCGAGGGAGGGCGACAUUCCGUUCGUCGUGUCGCAUUUCCGGUACUUCGCGGGACGGGCAGACAAGAUAUCGGGGAAGACGCUGCAGACGAACGGCAACACGUUCGCGUACACGCUCCACGAGGCGGUCGGCGUAGUCGGCCAGAUCAUCCCCUGGAACUUUCCGCUGACGAUGCUGGCCGUCAAGGUGGCGCCCGCGCUGGCGUGCGGCUGCACGGUGGUCCUGAAGGUCGCCGAGCAGACCCCCCUGUCUGCCCUACUCUUCGGCGAGCUGGCACUUGAGGCCGGCGUGCCUCCAGGCGUCUUCAACAUCCUGCCUGGCUACGGCCCCACUGCCGGCGCCGCCCUUGUCACCCAUCCUGGCGUGGGCAAGGUCUCCUUCACGGGCAGCACCGAGGUGGGGCGGGAAAUAAUGCGCGGCGCGGCCAAUGGCGUCAAGCACGUGUCCCUGGAGUUGGGUGGCAAGUCCGUGGCCAUCGUCUGCCCGGGCGUCGACCUGGAGUCCGUUGUGGACGACACCCACAUGGCGCUCUUCUACAACCACGGCCAGAACUGCUGCGCGGGCUCGCGCACCUUUGUGCACGAGAGCCUGUACGACGAGUUCGUGGAGAGAACGGUGGAGCGGCUGGGGCCGCUGGUGGACUCGGCGCAGUUUGAGAAGGUGCUGGGGUACAUGCGUGAGGGAGAGGCCCAGGGGGCGGUGAUUGGAUGCGGCGGCUCGCGUAUUGGAUCCAAGGGCUACUACGUGGAGCCCACUGUGUUUUCGGAUGUGCGCGACGAGAUGAGUAUAGCGAAGGAAGAGAUAUUUGGCCCUGUUCAGUCCAUCAUGAAGUGGAGCAGUGUCGAAGAAGUUCUGGACCGCGCGAAUGCGAACCCCUACGGCCUGGCCGCAGGCGUGUGGACGAAGGACCUGGAUUUGGCAAAUCGUCUGAGCCGUGGACUGAGAGCUGGAACGGUGUGGAUAAACUGCUACAACGCAUUCGACCAUGCUGUUCCGUUCGGGGGCUACAAGAUGAGUGGCUUCGGACGCGAUUUGGGCGAAUACGCACUGAGCAACUACAUGGAAGUGAAGGCAGUGGUGACGCCCCUCAAAGACCCUGCGUGGAUCUGA